AUGAAAAACAAGAAGAGUUUUGCUCCACAAGAAGCAGAAGCACGUCCUUCCAGAUGUCCGGAUAACAGUGCAUUCAAACAACAGAGGCUACCGGCGUGGAAGCCCCAGCUUACCAUUGCGACUGUGCUCUCCACCUUCUUUCUCACGGGAGCAUUUUGCCUUUCUGUGGGAAUCUGCCUCAUACUGUCUGCAAACAGCGUCAGAGAAAUCCAGAUUAAUUAUUCAGACAAAUGCUCGGAUUGUUCAAAACUUCGUGAAAAUUCCUAUAAUUGGAAUAUUGAAUGCCUCUGUUCUGUUGAUUUCAAGCUGAAGGAAGAUAUGCUGGGUGAUGUUUUUAUGUACUAUGGCCUGCAAAACUUCUAUCAAAACCACCGUCGAUACGUGAUAUCAAGAAGUGAUGCACAGUUGUUGGGUCGAGAUGUAAACGUUCAGAGGAGCUACUGCACGCCCUUCACCACUUACAAAAAUGGAACACCGAUGGCUCCGUGCGGUGCUGUUGCCAACAGCAUGUUCAAUGAUACUAUUGAUCUUUUUUACAAUUUUAACUCAUCUGUUAUUCAAGUACCACUGCUGAAGACUGGAAACAGUUGGUGGACAGAUAAAAAUGUGAAAUUUCGCAAUCCACAAUCACACAAUCUCUCUUCUGCGUUUGCAGGGACAGCAAGACCUCCUUACUGGCAGAAACCAGUAUAUUUGUUAGAUGAGGAAGAUGAGAGGAAUAACGGUUAUAUAAAUGAUGACUUCAUUAUCUGGAUGCGAGUGUCAGCCUUUGCUACAUUCAGAAAUCUUUACCGUCGUAUCAGCCGGAAAAGACAUUUUGCUGAUGGCCUCCCAGCAGGGGAUUACACUUUCCAUAUCUCCUAUAAUUUCCCUGUAACCAAAUUCAAGGGGAAGAAGUAUGUGAUUCUUUCAACCAUGGUAUGGAGCGGAGGAAGUAACCCGUUCCUGGGAAUUGCCUAUGUGGUUUGUGGCACAGCAGCAACCCUGACAGGUUUUAUCAUAACUGCCAUCCACUUAAAGCUCAGAAAAAAGAAAACAUACUUUCAGAAGUAAUAUGGUAUCCUGGAUUUAUAAACAAUGGCAAAGGUUUGCUGUGAAUGAACAGGCAGCACAGGCCUUUCAUUCUUUCCCCUAAGCUCUAGAUCGGUUUCUGUAGCAGGUUUGGUGUAUGUAAGCAAAUUGAGGGGCAGUGCCCUUCUGUCAUCCAAAACCAAACUUAUAUGAGGCUGCAUUAUUAUUAAUGCAUGUGUGCUCCUAAGUUUGUUUCUUAGGAAACUGGUAGUGAACUGAGUUUCAAACGGGAGAUACCAUCAUGGUCUAAAAUUCAAUGGGAGAGAAACUGUAUGGUACUAAUGUUUGGCCAGAACUCUGGGUCCAUUUUCCUUUUCCAGCCUUUGAUUGAUACAAUAUUUCUAUUAGUUUAAUUGGAGCUUGGAUUGGUAAAAAAGUGAGGUCUUGAUCCAACAGAAAGCUUGAGCAGGUAGAACUUGAUGGUAAAGUCUGUUUGUUGGUUGUAUGCAUGGGCUGAAUGGCUUGGCUCACGUUUUAUACAGCUUUUUCAGCUAUCCUGAAAAAGCAGACAAUUUAUUUGCAUAUUAGUGUGGUAUAUUCAUCACAGUUUAAUACUUGAUUCAUAAUUGAAUACAGGCCAUUUUUUAGGAGUAUGGAGUGUGUUUAAACCCUCUUGGUUGGUUUUAUCUGGAUACCAAGACUAGCUUGCAGAGCUAGACAGAGGGCAUUACGACUUAAUAGAAAGUUUAAAUUAAAAGCUCCUUCAAUGCUAACAUUUUAGCAGAAGCAUCUAGAUAAUGUUACCAAUAAGCCACACACCCAAACCUAUCUAACUUACCCUUCUGUGCAAAAGUGCACACUGACUCUCUAAGUGACAUGAAAUGUCUGUUCCCCAUUCAAGCCCUCAUUUCGGUGGUGCAGAGACUCAUAAUAAACAUAAAGCAUUAGAAAGUCCGACAACUUUAUUUUCAGAAAAUGAAUGCUGCAGCCAGUGAAUAGACUAUUAUCAAUUUUCAUGUUUCAUAUUUGAAACACUUAGAAGCAUUUUCCAGUCUCUUGCAAAAUGUAGGAACAAUGCUGAAAAAUUUGGAUCAAGUAUACUAUGGCAUGUAUGAAUUUUUAAAAAUAAUUUCUCUGUUGCAGAAGUGGAAAUGGAAUAAAACAUAC